AGGAAGAGGGGGGUAAAAAAAAAAAAUAUUUCCACAUUGCGAUUUUUAAUCAACGCAGAAAGUGGUCACCAUCUACUGUGUCCCGUGCUACAACAAGGUGACCGGUUGGCUGACUCCACCAUCGCAUUCGCGUCGGCCCUUGAACUCCUUCUCUCACGUGACCACGCCCCCUCAUUCCUUCACAUUCCAAAUCCCGAAAUGGAACCCAUCAAAGUGCAGUCAGAGGGUGGACUGAAUGUGACCCUCACCAUCAGGCUGCUGAUGCACGGCAAGGAGGUCGGAAGCAUCAUAGGGAAGAAAGGAGAAACAGUGAAGAAAAUGCGCGAGGAUAGCGGUGCUCGCAUCAACAUCUCUGAGGGAAACUGCCCUGAACGAAUAGUCACCAUCACCGGUCCAACAGACGCUAUUUUCAAGGCCUUUGCAAUGAUCGCCUACAAGUUUGAGGAGGAUAUCAUCAAUUCCAUGAGCAACAGCCCAGCCACCAGUAAACCCCCAGUAACCCUGCGGCUUGUUGUCCCGGCCAGCCAGUGUGGCUCACUCAUCGGCAAAGGAGGAUCCAAAAUCAAAGAAAUGAGAGAGUCCACAGGAGCUCAGGUCCAGGUUGCAGGAGACAUGCUGCCCAACUCCACCGAGAGAGCAGUGACGAUCUCAGGAGCUCCAGAGGCCAUCAUCCAGUGUGUCAAACAGAUUUGUGUGGUGAUGCUUGAGUCCCCACCGAAAGGUGCCACCAUCCCCUACCGCCCCAAGCCUGCCUCCACCCCUAUCAUUUUUUCAGGUGGCCAGGUAAGAGCAGACCCACUGGGGGCGUCCACAGCGAACCUCAGCCUCUUACUGCAGCACCAACCACUGCCUGCUUAUACCAUUCAAGGACAGUACGCCAUCCCUCAUCCAGAUCAGUUGAGCAAGCUCCACCAGUUGGCUAUGCAGCAAACCCCCUUUACCCCCCUUGGACAGACCACCCCUGCCUUCCCCGCAGCAGGUCUGGAUGCCAGUAACCAGGCCAGUACUCAUGAACUCACCAUUCCCAAUGAUCUAAUAGGCUGCAUAAUCGGACGCCAGGGAACCAAAAUCAACGAGAUCCGCCAGAUGUCUGGGGCACAGAUCAAAAUUGCUAACGCCAUGGAAGGGUCAUCGGAGCGCCAGAUCACCAUCACAGGGACCCCCGCCAACAUCAGCCUGGCCCAGUACCUCAUCAAUGCAAGGUUCAGAGAUGUGGCGGCAAUGUGGAAUGAUCCAUCAACCAUGACCACAUCCUAAAAUCCCUGACUGGCUCCUCCAUUUGGCCUUUUCCAAUGACUGACCACCACGGACAACCCCGAUGCAGCCCUUCGGACUCUGGCUUUGGCUCUCUGAAAAACCUGACCACCUUCCUGUCCUUGUCUGGGGACAGUUGGGUGCUCAUCUCUAUUUUCAGGAAGCCAAAAGAAAUAUAUAUAUAUAUAUAUAAAAAAAAAGUUACAAAAAAAAUGAAAUCUGUUGAUUAGUUUUUUUUAGAGAACUGUUGAAGCAUGUUGAAUGUUUAUUAGGAACCACUUAUGUGUUCAUGUUUCUUUGUUCUUUUUCUAUCUAUUGCUUUCUCUUUCUCUCUGUCAGUGCUGCGUGAUAGAACAUCAUUUAAAAAGUAUUACAAUGUACUUACUCGUAAAAGGUUGAACUUUUUGUAGAACGUAGGUAUUUGAAUUUUACAGCUGCUCAGUGAUGCUAUCGGCAGAGUGUGUGGUGGGAUGUAGCCAAAUGAUCGAAUCAGAUAAUGUAUUUUGGAGAAGAAGAAAAAAAAAUCACAUUUAUGUGUUUGCCCUAAUUUGCAUCUUUGUCUACUUACAAAUCUACCCAAAACUCUUUGCUGCAUCACAUGACCCUUUUAAGCCAAUGGUAUCACUCCUUGAGCUUCCCAUCUUGUGUUCUUCUCCUGUAUUUACAUUAUUGCUUAUACUGCAUGUUGUUAAGUGUUGUGCCAGUGUGUAUUUGAGGAAGCCUGGUCAGUGUACAUGUUCCUUCAAAUGUUAUUAUAAUUUCGUUCUCCUGUUCUUUUCCACAAACUUUUUCAACAUUCUUGGCCAUUCACGUUGAGUCCUACUCCCUGCCCAGACGAAAAACUUUCCAACAAACAGCCUCCCUCUCUCAACAUGGGAUAGUAUAUAGAUGCAUGAAUGGGAAUUAGUGAAAAUCAGCAGUGAAAACACUGACUGAAACUUUUAAAUGAUUGUUUACUCGCUUAAUAUUAUACUGUAUUUGUUUUGUACAAGGACUAUUGUGACUUAGCACAUUAGUCGACUAUGUGGCAAUCAUGCAAUAGACGAUAUACUAAACACUUUACUCUGGACUGCCUCUGAUGUGGGAGGAAGUAGUUGGAUGCAUACAUUUCUGUUUCUUCCCCUUGAAAGUAUUCACUAUAGGUGAAGUGCAAAAAUAAAAAAAAUGAAUAAGGAAGCUUUUGAGUGACAAAAACAAGGGGAAAAAGCCGAAUUGUAAAGCAGCCUAAAAGUUUGGACAAAGGCGAAAUGGUAAUUUUUGGGGCCAUGGAAUGUUCAGGGGUUCAUUGGGGGAACCCAUGGGGCCUGGGCGGACGUGAUUAACUCAGUCUCUUUCACGAUUGUUUUUUUUUUUCUUUCGCUGUCAUACAGAUGAUUUGAUGCUUUAGGUUUGAAUGUCUUUUUAUUGUCGCAACUUCAUUGUUUUGGUUUUUUUGAGAAAGGACAGGUUGGAUGAGAAUUCCUACUUUGCUGAAAGAAAAAAAACAGCAUGUAUUUAUUCAUGGUGUGGCAAUGCACAUAUGACUUUUUGUUCAUUGACCAUGAAAGUUAAAAGUUUUGUUGUGGUGUAUUUCAUUUGAGAGGGAGGUGUGGAUGAUAUUCGGUGUGAUUUCGUAUUCUACUCAUGAGGAUGCUCUAUUGAACAAGCUUUCGGUGUCGACGCAUACAAACAGCUGUUGAAUGUUAUAGUCAAAUCACAUUUUGUGUCCAACACAGCAACAUUUUCUUUACUUCAUACUUAUUGUUUUAUUUCAAAUAGCCUAUGCUGAGCCUAAAGGAAAAGUCUGACAUUUUGAGAGGGGUGCUUAGACUUGAGGGUAGGUUGAGACCAUUUAUACGAUACUCAGCCAGCAGCCACUUUAUUUACACAUAUGUGCCAAAAUGUCAGGUUUUCCCGUUUGGAUCUUUGUUGGCACAAAUGCAAUGAUGUAAAUGGAUCAAAUGCUGUUUCAGUAAACUGAGCGAGGCAUAGUCAUUGAUUAUUCUGCAAUAAUUCUUACAUUAUGAUGUAAACUUAAGUAGUAGUUGAUAGCAAUGUGUGUUUCUUUUUAAGUUUUCAGUUGUCAUUACUUGUAAUUCAGAGGGAAUAAGGGCUGUCACUUUUAUACAAAGUUUAGAUAUGUUUGUACUUGGAGGGGAAGUUCAAAUUCAAAAUCGUCCAGCAGAGGAUGCUGCGAGUACACCUUGGCCUUUGUGCAGCAAAGUUGGGUUUUUUGCUGUGAAAAUGGACACAAGCUAUACCGUCCGACUGAGCAGACAAUCACAACAGUAACGUAUUUGAGCAGUGACACAUUUAACUACUUAGUUCUACAUCAAAGUAACAAACAAAUUGAAGGUCUCAUCUGUUAGCGUAGCAGUUAGCUUUAGUAAAGCGAGGCAACACAGGAUAUCUUCAAUGGAAUAAUAUGUCAGGUAUUUUGUUCAAACAUAACUUUGGGAACAAGUGACAGCCCUAAUGGAAAUGUCUGCCGAAUUAACAAACUAUUUUUUUUAUUAUUAAAAAUUAAAAGAAAAAAAAGGUAGUUAAUGCCCAAGACGGCAUUUUUUCUGGAACAGAGAAUAUCCUCAAGGGUAUUUAAGCUAUUAUACAACAGCUGUAGUGCAUGUGUACCAUUGAAAUGUUUGCUAAAAAAAUGCUAAUUACCAAUUAGCAUGUGCAUUUGUCAAAUUGUUGUUGCGUAAUAUGAAUUUGAUCACUAAGCAGGGAUAUUGAGUUGCAAGUGAUGGCAGUGUGAUUUUAAUAACAUCAAUAUUCAUGUAUUACUCAGUGUUUGAAACCUGUAUUUACAUUUGUGUAGGCUAUACAUGCCUGAGCAUACUUUGAUUUUUUUUAACAACCUGCAACUAAUGCAAUAAUAGGGUGCAAUGUGCAAUUGUGCAAUUAUUUAUUUAGUUCAUUUAGUUAUUAGCAUAAGAGAUGUGUAGCUUGCUGAAAAAAAAGCUAUUUUUAACUUGUGUGGCAGCAACUGCAGGAAAAAAAGGAAUGACUAGAAAUGUCUUUUUUUCCAUCUUUUGUUUGUGUGUUGCAGUUUGGGGGAACAAGUGUAAGUGCUUUCACUUGAUUUAUUUGCUUUGUGCAAAUCUAUAUUAGUUGUGAGUAAUAACAUAGGAUUUUAAUUUCAAAGUGUUGGUAAGUAUAAAAAACUAAUAAAGUUUCUUUUUUUUUUCUUUCUGUGA